AUAUACCCGACACUUCCCCCAUUCUCUCUUCCAUUCUGAAAACUCUAUACACCAAAUUACCAGAACCAAAACCACAAGUCAUGGCAACCAACGGAACCCCAAGCCCAGCCCAAGCCCCAAAAUCCGUCGACGCCAAGCCAGUCGUCGCCGACGAGGUUCAGAGAGUCUUCAAAAGCUUCGACGCCAACGGUGACGGCAAGAUCUCCGUCUCCGAGCUCGGCAACGUGCUCAAGGCCCUCGGCUCCAACGUCUCUGCCGAUGAGCUUCAGCGUGUCAUGGGCGAUCUCGACACCGACCGCGACGGCUUCAUUUGCCUCGACGAGUUCAACGCCUUCUGGGUCUCCGGCCCCAAAGACGGCGCCUCCUCCGAGCUUCGCGACGCCUUCGAUCUCUACGACCAGGACCGCAACGGCCUCAUCUCGGCCAACGAGCUCCAUUUGGUGCUCAAUCGGCUCCAAAUGACUUGCAGCCUCGAAGAUUGCAAUCGGAUGAUCAAGUCCGUCGAUGCUGACGGCGAUGGGAAUGUGAAUUUCGAGGAGUUCAAGAAGAUGAUGGGCAACAACGCCAGUACCGUUAGCAACACCAGCGCCUAGUGCACAUGGUAGUCUCUUGUCUAAUAUGUUAGAUCCGAAUCUCCAUCUCUCUUCUUCCCCCCGUCUGUGAAAGUUAAAAGUUAGGGUUGACUUUUGAAAUUUAGGAAAAUCGUUUUGGGAAUGGGUUUUUAUAUACCAAUAUUAGAUCAAGUGGAUGUGAAAAAAGGAUCUAACACCUCCUUUUCUUUUAUUUACAGUUUCUGUGAUUAUAUUGUGGGCUCUUCUUUUAUAUCACACUACUAGAAAGGAGGCAAAAUUUAUGUUCUUUGCUUUCUGUUUGUUUCGCGAGAAAAUCCUCUCCCUUAAUGAAAUGUUAUGACGCUACCGGUUUUGUUUUGUUAUUUUAUUUCGAUUUGUAUGUUCAAAUUUGACGAUGAUGUUAAGGAAGCAUUGGUAAGAAGAAUUAGUUUUGGGCGUUGGAGAAGGAGCACAAGGCUGUGGGUGGCCCUCCCUGGUGGGCGGUGAAGCUGCUUGUGUUGUGUAGUGGGAGGGGGAGAUGCGAACGUGCGUUGACGAGUCAACGAUGAUAUUACAUGGAUCUGAUAGUAGUGCCAGAAUUCUAUAUUGAAGGUCGUGGGUCCGUAUCUUAACUGUUGGAUUAAAUUGAUCUAAAUGUUAACAGAGCUUAAGGCCCUCACUCACUAUACAACUUGUCGAUAAUAGUGAUGGUGAUUUUCGGCCGUGGUCCAAAGUCCAAACAUGGUUGGGCUGCCAAUUCGGCUAAAUUUAGGAAUUAGGAUUUGACUAAAAAAGAAAAGAAAAGAAAAGGUUUAGAAA